AUGGAUUUUCUCAUCUCAUCAUUAGAUGGCGGUCAAAAAUUUCGUUUCCCCGUGAGUAAAUUGUUUAAAGCGACAUUUCUAAUGAGAAGACAUGUUUUUAGAAAGUUUUAUUCAGAAAAAAACACUUGUCGGGUUCAAUGAAAGCCAAUGCAAUCACAGAAACAUCAUUUGCAAGAAUCAUCCCGAGUCAACUGAUCGAAUUGUUAAAAUUAAAGAAGCUCUUGAAAGUUUAUUGCAGAACUGUGAAGUUUUAAAGGUAAAAAAUAAAGCAUGUGUGACCCCGAAAGUUUUUUUUUUUAUUAAAGGAUUUUCCCGCUAUUGACGACAACGAUCUCCUUCAAUCUCACUCAUUGAAGCACGUGACUCUUAUGAACAACGCCUCAACAAGCACCCAAGAAGAUAUAAAUUCGAUUUGUUCCAAUUUCGACUCUGUUUUCAUGACUGGAGUGAGUUGA